CUUGAACGCUCCCCCUCCUUCACCACCAGCACCAUGGCGGGUCCCGUCCAGAUAUCGUCGCCGGCCCAGUUGAGCUCCUUGUUGUCCUCAUCGCGCGUUGUGGUGGUUAAUUUCUAUAACGACACGGAUGCCGCAUGCAAAGCUAUAGCCCCCCAUUACGACCAAGUCGCAAACCGGCUGUCCCGCCCAAACAAGGUUACCUUUUCGAAAGUCAACAUCCAGGAGCAGUCACAGCUUGCGCAGAGCUACGGCAUCACUGAUUUGCCUACGGUCAUAAUCUUCAAGAAUGGUCAGGAUGUGCAGAAGAUUAGUGGUGCAAAUCAAGAACAGAUCACCAAUGCAAUCAUAAAGCUGGCAGUAGAGGCGGAAUCAGACGGCUCGUUGUCUGGCGGCUUUGGAAAGGCAAGCUCUAGUGCGGGCGGUCCCUGGCGUGGUGCGGGAUUGCCUCGGGGUUACAACGAUGUCACUGAUCAGGUGGAUGUGCGCGGUCUGGACUUGCUGAACUCGGACAGCGAAUUUGGGGGAGUGCGGACCCUCUUCGAGACCACCAUGCCAACAACGCUUGCGAUGGGGAAGGGGAAGGGUGCGGCUGCUGGUUCAGAAUUGAAAAAAGACUGGGUUGAGAGUGAUGUGGAUGAACAGCUCAUGCUGUACAUGCCCUUCACGUCUUCCCUCAAGAUACAUACAAUCCAAAUCACGUCCUGUCCGCCGAAGCUUGAGGACGACGAAGACGCUCCGAUGCGCCCAAAGACCAUUCAUCUGUAUACGAACCGCCAACACAACCUUGGGUUCGAGGAGGCAGAAGAUAUCCCCGCGACUCAGACGAUCGAGCUGAAGCACUCGGAUUGGGAUGAGAGCACAGGGACAGCCAAGCUAGAGCUCCGCUUCGUCAAAUUUCAGAACGUCACCUCAUUAGUCUUGUUCGUGGUCGAUGGCGAUGGGGAGGGAGAGAAGACUCGCAUUGAUAGAAUCAAGAUCAUCGGAGACUCGGGGGAGAAGAGAGAGAUCGGCAAGCUGGAGAAGAUUGGAGACGACUCAUGACAAUAUACAUGGAUUAUGGUUGGACUACCCCUUGGGUUGAUAGGCCUCUGCUCUUCACGACAGCGAGAGUAGAUGGAGCAGAAACAUCAGGAUAGACCCCGAAACAACCUCACCCAAAUGAUUCUUCACGACAAUAUUGACCAAUUUAUUCUUCUUGAA